AUGUAAAAUAAUGCAUCAUUUUCUUAAAAUUUAAUACCUAUAGUUUGUUUAGACAUUGGAGGAACAUUAACUAAAUUAACAUUUGCAACUAAGAAAGGAUUUAUUUUAAAUUGUGAAACGAUAGAAGAACUUAAAAGUAUGAGAUAUAAGAUUAUUUAAUAGUCAUAACUGAAAAUGAAGAUUAUGAAAUUCAUUUUACAUCUCAUCCUAAUUCAUUAGAUGUGCUAAUUUAAAAACUAGAAUAAAUAGGGUUUAUUGAUGAUGGAAAAUCUAAUAUCUAAAAUUUUUAUAUCACUGGAGGAGGUUCAUUUAAGUAUUAUGAUUAAAUUUAAAAUUAUGGAAAUAUAAUAAGAAUUAAUGAAUUUGAUGCUCUAAAGUUUGGAUUUAAAUUAUUAGAUAGUAUUAAAUACAAAAAUACAUACUUUACAUUUAAUAAUGAUAUUGAAAAUUUGUAAUUAACUGUAUUUUAAUAAAUAUUAAUUUUUAGGCUUCAAUUUAUCCAUUCAUAUUAGUGAAUAUAGGAAGUGGUGUGAGCAUUUUAAAAUUUGAUAAUGAAGAUUAAUUUGCUAGAAUUUCAGGUACUUCAUUAGGAGGAGGAAUGUUCUUAGGAUUGAGUCACUUAUUUACAGGAAUUAAUGAUUUUGAUGAAUUAUUAAGAAUGACAAAAUAAGGUUCUAAUGCAGCUACAGAUUUAUUAAUGAAUGAAGUCCAUUUAGGAUUUUAAUCUCCAUCUAGAAAUAAAAAUGAAAAGCAUGUUGCUGUCAGUAUGGGAAAGUUAAAGUAGAAUCCAAAUAUUAAUUAAUCAGAUAUAGUUAAAUCUUUACUUUAUAUGACUACUUAUAACAUAAGUCAAAUAGCAUUUUUACAUUCUAAAUUACAUAAUAUUGAAAGAGUAUUCUUCUCUGGUCAUUUCAUUAGAAACCAUGAAGAAACAUUAUAAUGUAUUAAUGAAGCCUUUUCUUACUUCUCAAAAUUAGAUUAAUAAAAUAGACAUGUAAUAUUAUAUAUAUUUAAUAUAGCCUUAUUUUAUUAAACAUGAUGGAUUUAUUGGAAGUUUGGGAUCUUUUUGGAAUGGAAUUUAAAAAUUUAUGUAAAACAAAUAGUGA